AACGUUUCCAUUUUCUGUCUCGAUACUUUUUUUCGUCAAAAUCUAAAACCGUAGCUAUGUGGAACGACGAAGCCGAUCGUUUGCUACUAAAAAACUUCGGUUCCCUUUAUCCUAGUAAGUGUUCAGAACUAAUUAGGGUCUUAGGAGGCAGGUUUUCCAUUGAGCAGUGUUUAGAAAGAAUUGAUGACCUUGAUCGGAAGAAGAAGAACAACUGGUGUGCCUAUGACGAACCAGGUGUUUGCAAGAAAAAGCAUCUUUGUAACUUUCAACACAAAAAAGUCUAUGAAAGGGUUGGCGAAGAGAGGGUACUAGAGGUUGAUCCUCUGAGAACUCUUGCAGAGAAGAAGAUUGCCAGGAUGAUGCAAGAAUCCCAAGAGGACAAAUGGCGACAGAGGUUACGGCUCGGGAAUCCACAUGUGGAGAAAAAGAGUCAAUCUUACAAUACAGAGUGUUCAAGAAAGGGGUUUGAGAGAGAGCACAAAGGGCUUGAGAAGCAUGUCCAAGCACAUUUACGCAAACAAGAUGUUGCAAGGAAUAAAAUUGCUCAGAGACAGGAUGCUCCAGCUUACAAUAGUACAGAGUGUUCAAGAAAGGGGUUUGAGAGAGAGCACAAAGGGCUUGAGAAGCAUGUCCAAGCACAUUUACGCAAACAAGAUGUUGCAAGGAAUAAAAUUGCUCAGAGACAGGAUGCUCCAGCUGCUAUAUUGCAAGCGAAGAAGCUGAAUGAUCCGGACGCUGUUAGGAAGAGGUCAAAGAUGUGUUGCGCCAGUGACCUUCUUGCCAAGAAUGAGGAGCUAACAGAAGGCAGUGCUGCUACUCGUGCACUUUUGACAAGUUACUCACAAACACCAAGGCAAGGAAUGACACCCAUGAGGAGGACGCCUCGAAGAACUCCUGCUGGUAAAAUGACACCCAUGAGGACGCAUAAAAGAACUCCUGCUGGUAAAGGUGAUGCUAUUAUGAUGGAAGCAGAAAGCCUCGCCAGAUUAAGAGACUCUCAGAAACCUUUGCUAGGAGGAGAAAAUCCUGAGUUGCACCCUUCUGACUUCACUGGGGUCACUCCGAGAAAGAAGGAGAUUCAAACGCCUAAUCCAAUGUCGACCCCUUCAAUGUCUCCUGGUGUUUCUGGUCUUACUCCAAGAAUUGGCUUGACGCCAUCAAGGGAUGGUUCUUCUUUUCCUAUGACACCCAAAGGGACUCCCUUCAGGGUUCAACUUCACAUUAAUGAAGACAUGGACAUGCACGAAAGUGCAAAACUUGAGAGGCAGAGACGAGAGGAAGCUAGAAGGAGUUUACGCUCUGGUUUGACUGGGCAAAUAGUUGCACAACCUCCUCGAGAGGAAAGUGAAGAGCCAGCAGAGAAAAUUGAGGAAGACAUGUCAGACAAGAUAGCGAGGGAAAAGGCUGAGGAAGAAGCAAGACAACAGGCAUUGCUUAAGAAGAGAUCCAAGGUCUUGCAGAGAGAUCUUCCUAGAACCUCAACUGCUUCAUUGGAAGUAAUUAGGAACUCGUUGCUUUCAGCUGAUGGAGACAAAAUUUCUGUUGUUCCUCCUACUCCGAUUGAGGUUGAUGAUAAGAUGGUAAGAGAGGAGCUUCUACAGUUGCUGGAGCAUGAUAAUGCAAAGUAUCCGCUUGAUGAGAAAGCUGAGAAGAAGAAAGGAGCCAAGAACCGUGCCAACCGUUCUGCUUCUCAAGUUCUUGCAAUUGACGAUUUUGAUGAAAAUGAACUCCAAGAGGCUGACAAAAUGAUAAAGGAGGAGGGGAAGUUUCUUUGUGUGUCAAUGGGACAUGAGAACAAGUCACUUGAUGAUUUCGUAGAAGCUAACAACACAUGGCGUGAAUCAGAGAGCCAAUAGUUUUUGAGCCACUAGAGCUACACUAGAGCUACACAACGGUUAUACGUUGAACUUUUGAUGUGGUGUUCUCUUCACCACCUUUAACUCUCAGUUUCUCUCCGUUUUGUAUCUCAGUUUUAACAAAGACAAAGAGUAUGG